UGAAUCCCUAGAAACAAUAAACAGUUCCGCUGAAUGUCUCGAACAGAUUCAUUUGUAACAGAACUACAGGUGUUGUUAUUAGUUUCCCUUCGACAAACGGAGCAGGUAGAAGUUAGCCAUAGAACCAAAAUAACACUUCACGGAGGUUAUUGCAGAAAGUGCUGACGGAAGGUAGUUCGAUCUGUAGAGUCGAUAGCUUCACGCCAAGGAAGAAUAAUAUUAGAGCUCUUAAAGAAGUUAACGUUCAGAGGAGCCAUGAUGAAUUGACUGUCAGCGCUCUGUCGACUUCAGGAGGCUCAACAGUAAGGGCGACAUUACGAAAACAUUAAAACGACCGGGAGAAGUUAAGCCUUUACACUGGAAACCAUGCUUCAGUUUUUGGGACUACGGAAGGACGCCAAGAAGUCAACAUCUGACAAGGAAGCGGAUGGAGGCUUCGUCAUUGUUGGAGAGACCACUGAAGAACAAAGGCAGAGGGUUAAAACUGUAAACACUGGACAGCCUUCUACAAAUGUCAUAGUCCAACCAUCAAAGUUACCCUAUCCAGCUCCAUCUCAAACAGCUGAUGCAAAUCCACCUCCAGUUUUACCUGAUGUGGGACCAGCAGGCGGCCUUCAGUCUGCGGAAGUCACUUCAGCGCUGCCGGAUCUUCUCGGAGACGUCCCCUUCACGUUAGCUCCUCAUGUCCUGGCCAUGCAGGCCGGGUCCAGCGUGGUCCCAGAUGUCCUGCUGUCCAGAGACGUAAACUACAACCUGGCUAGUUUCCAGUAUGACUUCACCUUAGAAAAUUCUGUGCUCCACAACAGUUAGUCUGUUUGGGUUUUGACAUCAUUAGGAGCUCCCACUCUCGAGAAGUGGGCUGAUUUUGACAGUUCACAAUUAAACUAAUCAAAAAGUAAAAGGAAACUGAUUAAACAGUUGCAGAGAACCGUAUAGCUUUACCAUUCUCUAGUUGGCUCCUUUUUGUCUUCUUUUUAAAUCUGAAAUGGAAAAUAGUUGAUUCAGGUUUCAUACCAUGUUACUGGAGAGGAGCCCAGUUUAAUUCAACAGUUAAGUUACCUGUAAUUCAGUGAAGAAUAAUGUAUCAUUUGUAUCAGUGCUGCUGUCGGUCAUUUGUUCCAGAAAAAGUCCCAUUUAUUCCUCCUUUGGCUCCAGGUUUUUGUCUGAUAAAAGAUUUGAUCCUGACUCAUGUUUAGCUGUAUGACGGUCUGAUU